UGUAGUAACUACGUGGUCGCGAUAGUACAAAAAUGUAAACAUGCACAGAUAAUUUUUGGUACCUUUUCUAAUAAUUUCUGUAAUUUUAUAGUAAUGUACAGUAUUCAAAUAUUAUAGAAAGGUGGCCUAAUAUAUUCUAAAUGGACGCUGCUAUCUGAAAACUUCGUUCCAACACUUUUGUUUUUUAGAACCGAAGUGAACAUAGGCAAAAGCGUCGACAAGCGCCGUAGAAUUUCCAAGUCCGUUUAAUGGCGGACGCCAAUAAUUUUGGAAGUUUCGUGAUUCUAUUGUUCUGUUUUCGAGUAUUUCAAUCAUAAUUCUAACCGGGAAUGAGUUUUAUUGUAAGUGAUCGAACUUAUUGUGAUAUUUACGUGAAAGUGAUAUGAAAUGUUCUGUUAUAGCGUGACAAAAGCGCCUGCUAGAUAUGUAACCUUUUCCCUAACCUCGUUUACGCCAAUGGUGUAGAUAUGUGAUCGAUGUGUGUGGUUCUGUGAACGAUUAUUCGUCCGUUUCGCGUUACAAUUAGUGCGCAGUUAAUUUGUUUAUUAGUGAUGGAAGUGUCCGCGUCGCGAUUUUGCUAUCCGACGCACGAUUUCGAUGUAACGUAAGCGAGCCGGUCGAUCGUCAACGCAGGGACGGUCGCUCGCUACCAGCCGAACAUGGCUGCGACGCAGGCUGAGUCUCAGCGAAGCGAAGCGAACGUAGAGCAGAGUCCAACGGAGCAGCUCAGUGAAUCUCGGAACGCUCUAUUACAAAACGGGACCGACAAGUCCAUUGGGCGCGUCCCGCCCGAUGGCGUCGUGAACACAAAGAGUAAAUCGCCUAUGUCGGCCGAUCCGGGGCAGCCGCGCGACGGUGGCGAGGCGCCGGGGCACGACAGGACGGGAGAGCGUCCGGUGCCGGACCAGUACGGCCAGUAUCGUUACCCAGAAGGCGCAGAUCCUUAUUAUUCCGCGCGGCCCGGUUUUCCCGGCAAACCGCGGCCGCCUCCGCAGCAGGGCCCGCGCUUCUUCCCGGGGCAGGUGUCGCAGGCGCCGGGCCCCACGCCGACGCUCAACUCGCUGCUACAGUCGAGCGGAGCGCCGCCGCACAGAUACCCCAACAGCUAUGAGCAGCCGCCGGCGGGCUACGGCCCGGCGCCCGGCUGGCCGCCGCCGCCACGGCCCAUGCCACCGUACAAUCCCCAAGGAAGCCCUUACAGAAAUUCAACACCGCCUAGGGGAUACGGUGGACCACCUUACGGGCCUGGGGGCCCCGGCGGGCCCCAGCAGCCCCCAGGCGGGUAUGGCCCACCAGGCUCUUACCCUCAGAGGUAUCCGCCGCCGCCUGGACCUCCUGGUGCACCAAACUCGAGACCGCCGUUCUCUCCACAUCAGGGCUAUGAGAGGGGCGGAUCACCACAGCCUCCCGCGCAGCCGCCGGGCGCGCCGAGCCCCGGGCCGGGGCAGAACGCCCCAAUGUCCCCCACGCAGGACGCUCAGCACGCGCCGCACUUGCCACCCCAUGGGGCGCAGCCUCCACCGCAGCAUCAGGGUUAUCCACCGCCGCCAAGGCCACCGCAACCGUCCACACCAAAUGCUCAUGAUCCUGACUCGGAUCUGACCGGUCAGAACAGCAAUGACUCGGGCGGCAGCGGCAGCGCUGGACGCGCUACCACGCCGCACCUGAGGCCCACGCCCAGCCCCACCGGCUCGAGCGGGUCGCGAUCCAUGUCACCAGCUGUCGGCACACAGAACGUAACGAUGCCGCCGCGAACGUCGUCCUCGCUGCCGGACGGCAGCGGGCCCCCGCGGCCCGGGGGCCCGGGCGGGGCGCCGGGGCCCGCGCCGAGCCCCGUGCCGCCGCCGGGCGCUAUGGUGGCGCAGCCCUACUCGCACCACGCGGCGUACAAGACGGCGCACUACCCGCCGCAGCCCUACGGCUACCCGCCGCGGAACCACCACCCCUACCCGUACGGGUACCAGCCGCGGCCGCCGCCGCACCCGCCGCAACACUACCCGCCGCUAAAGCAGCAGCCACGUCACAUGGGGCCCCCGACGCCCGGCGGCGGCGGGCCGGGCCCCGAGGGCGCUAUGCCCCCACCGACCGCGCCAGGAGAAGCCCACGAUAACGGGCCCGCAGCCCCCGCCAUCGCGCUCGUCACCACGGGCCCCGAUGGCGCGCCCUUAGACGAGGGUAGUCAGCAAAGUACGCUUAGCAACGCUUCUGCAGCAUCAGGCGAGGAGCCCUGCGGGACGCCCAAAGGGCGCGGCAAGGACUACGGCGCGAGCAGUGCGGCGCCCUCGCCGUCGCCCGGCGGUGGAAGCCACUCGUCCGUGCACGACGACUACGACGCCUCGCCCUCGUGGCCGCGCCCGCCCUCUAGUCCCGUGUUUAACAGUCACAUACCGCCGGAGUCCUACAGAUCAAAGAAGUCGGACUCGCUGGGCAAGCUGUACGAGAUGGACGACGCGCCCGAGCGGCGCGGCUGGGUGGAGCGGCUGCUGGCCUUCAUGGAGGAGCGGCGCACACCCAUCGCUGCCUGCCCCACCAUCUCCAAGCAGCCGCUUGACCUCUACCGUCUUUAUCUGCUGGUGCGCGACCGCGGCGGCUUCGUGGAGGUGACGAAAAACAAAACGUGGAAGGACAUAGCGGGUCUGCUGGGCAUAGGCGCGUCGUCGUCGGCUGCCUACACGCUACGGAAGCACUACACGAAGAACCUGUUAGCAUACGAGUGCCACUUCGACCGCGGCGGCAUCGACCCGCAGCCCAUCAUCAACCAGGUCGAAGCGUCCACCAAGAAGAAGAGCGGCAAGUCCAACAACAACUCCACGGCAGGCUCAUCAAAUUCCCAAGAAUCAUUCCCCGGAGGCGGCGCGGGCGGCGGCGGCGGCGCGUCAAUGGAUGGCUACGGCGGCCAGUACGCCGGAUACCCGCCGCAACCCAACCAGUCACAAGGUUACCAGCAAGGUUACGGGUAUGAAUAUGGAUCUCCUUACCAGCCCAAUAGGCCAGUAUAUCCCCCCUAUGGACCCGACGGUGACAGGGGGUACCGGACGGGCGGCGAGUACCAGUACGGCGGCUACGGCGGCGGCUACCGCGGGGGCCCGGGCGCGGGCGGCGCGGGCGCGGGCCCCGCCCCCGCCGGCACGCCGCCGCCCGCGCAGCCCUACCCCGACUACUACCGCGCGCCGCACCCGCACCCGCCGCACUCGCCGCACCCGCACCAGCCGCACCAGCCGCACCCGCCGCAUCCGCCGCACCCGCCGCAUCAGCCCCCGCACGAGGUGUCGGGCGGGCAGGGCCAGGCUGCUGGUAUAAUGAGCUCGCAGCUCGCGCGGCAGCUGGUGGCGCCGCUGCCCUCCCCGCGUGUCCCCUACUACGGCGGCAAGGCGAUCGGAGCGGGCGCGGGAGUCCAACCGCCCGCGGGCACGCCGCGACGGCACCCGGACUUCGCUAAGGCAGACGGGUACGCGGGCCCGGUCGCGCCGGGCGGCGGGCCGCCGGGCCCGGGCGCGCCGACGGCCGGGCCGGGGCCCGCGGCCGCGCGCUUCCCGCCCGCCUGGCCCGCCGCCUUCCCGCGCGCGCAGCCGCCCUCGCCGCAGCCGCCCUGGCGCCCGCCGCCGCCCGCGCAGCCGCCGCCCGCCUGGCCGCACCAACCCUACCAGCCACAGACGUCCGGCGCGGCGUGGGGCGGCGCGCCGCGGCCCUCGCACGAGCCCUACCCCGCCGCGCCAUCGCCCAGCACACCGUCAGGAAUGGCGGGCGGGCAGAUAAAGCGAGAAAUGACGUUCCCCGCGGAAUGUGUGGAGGCGGCGCUGCCCACCGGCGACAAGCGGCGCCGCCUCACCAAGGCCGACGUGGCGCCGGUGGACGCCUGGCGCAUCAUGAUGGCGCUCAAGUCCGGGCUGCUGGCCGAGACGUGCUGGGCGCUCGACAUCCUCAACAUCCUGCUGUUCGACGACAACUGCAUAGGCUACUUCGGGCUGCAGCACAUGCCCGGCCUGCUCGACCUGUUGUUGGAACACUUUCACAGAAGUUUAAGUGAAGUGUUCGACGCGCCGACGACGGAGGAGACCCCCUGGUACGCGCGGCCCGCCAGCCCCACGCCGCCGCGGGCCGCGCGCCGCCGCCUCGAGCCGCCCGACCCCGCCGAGCGCGUGCGCGUGCUCGCCGGCGACAACUACACGCUCGAGACGCGCCGCCGCCAGCCCGUCACCCUGCGCGCCGGCGACGAGCUGUUCGCGCCCGAGCCCUGCGCCGCGCCGCGCGCCGCGCUCGACGACGUGCUCGAGCCCUGGCAGCACGCCGAGCCCGCCGCCGCGCACCUCGUGCCCUGCUUCCGCGCCGACUACCUGCACCUGCCCUUCGCGCGCCUGCUGCCCGGCCGCCGCGCGCCCAGCCCGCCCGCGCCCGCGGCGGCGGCCACUCCCGCGUCGGCCGCCACGCCCGCACCCGCCCCCGCCCCCGCCGCGCCCGACGCGGACAACCUCGAGGCCGAGCCCAUGGAGCUGGAGCCCGAGCGCGAGCGCCGGCCCGCGCUGCAGGUGCGCGACCCGGCCGGCGUGCUCAAGCGCCGCCGCCUCGAGGACUACGAGGACGAGUGCUACACGCGCGACGAGCCCAGCCUCAACCUCGUGGACGAGACGCGCGACGCGCUCGCCAAGCGCUGCGUGGCGCUGUCCAACAUCCUGCGCGGGCUCACGUUCGUGCCCGGCAACGAGGCCGAGUUCUCGCGCUCCGGCGCCUUCCUGGCGCUGGCCGGCAAGCUGCUGCUGCUGCACCACGAGCACGCGCCGCGCGCCGCCCGCGCGCGCGCCUACGAGCCGGCGCGCGACGACGCCGAGCCCGACGCCUGCUGCUCGUCGCUGCGCGGCGCCGCCGAGUGGUGGUGGGACGCGCUGGCGCAGCUGCGCGAGGACGCGCUCGUGUGCUGCGCCAACGUGGCGGGCGGCGUGGAGCUGGCGGCGCAGCCCGAGGCCGUGGCGCGGCCGCUGCUGGACGGGCUGCUGCACUGGAGCGUGUGCCCGGCGGCCGUGGCCGGCGACGCGCCGCCCGCCGCGCACGCCGGCUCGCCGCUGUCGCCGCGCCGCCUGGCGCUGGAGGCGCUGUGCAAGCUGUGCGUGACGGACGCCAACGUGGACCUGGUGCUGGCCACGCCGCCGCGCGGCCGCAUCGGCGCGCUGUGCGCGGGGCUGGCGCGCGACCUGUGCCGGCCGGAGCGGCCGGUGGUGCGCGAGUUCGCCGUGAACCUGCUGCACUACCUGGCGGGCGCGGGCGGCGGCGCGGCGCGCGAGGUGGCGGCGCAGGCGGCGGCCGUGGCGCAGCUGGUGGCGUUCAUCGAGCGCGCCGAGCACGCGGCGCUGGGCGUGGUGAACCAGCACGGCGUGGCGGCGCUGCGCGACAACCCGGACGCGAUGGGCACGUCGCUGGACAUGCUGCGGCGCGCGGCGGCCACGCUGCGGCGGCUGGCGGGGCACGCGGAGAACCGGCCGCUGCUGCGGCGGCACGAGCGGCGGCUGCUGGCGCUGGUGAUGAGCCAGAUCCUGGACCAGAAGGUGGCGCACGAGCUGGCGGGCGUGCUGUUCGCGCUGGCGCAGGCGCGCGACUGAGUGUGACGUCACGCGCCGUGUACAUAGGGGGCGCCGGCCGGACUGUUAGCCCCUCCGGUUUUGUUAUUUAUGUCCGUGAUGAUUUAUUUACGAGAAUGUCGAUGUGCAUUACGAUUUCUAUUGUUCGAUCGAAGAAAGAUGUAUUAUAACUCGUAAUUUUGAUUUUUAUAAUAAAAUGGGACUUGAAUCUGUUUAUUGGUUUUAUGAUGGAGAUUUUAUACCGAGUACCUUUAGCGCCUUUGUCUAUAAGAGAAUACGUAGUGGAGAGUGUGAGGAGCUUAUGUGGGCUAUAAGUUUUAAUUAAGUUUAAUGUGAAUUAUUACAAUAAUCUAUAAUAUAUUGAAAUUGAAUCUGAA